GGUUUUUCCUUUUGAGUUUUUUUUUUAUCUAUUCACAAUUUAUGAUAACAAAAACAAAUUCAAUGAAGCUGCAGCUACUCUGCUCUACCAUUUUCUUGCUUAAUUUUAUAGCAAGUACUCAUGGAGCUAUAUCUCCUGAAGUUUAUUGGAAAAUAAAAUUGCCUAACGCUCAAAUUCCAAAAGUGAUCAAAGAUUUACUUCCCCAAACAGAUGAUGACAUUCUUGGCACGAAGAAGAAAGUAUACUAUGGUUUACACCAACAUGGAGCCUGGAUUUUCCAUGCUGCUACCGACGAUGAGAUUCGCGAGAUUAAAACUGAGACCCCUACCCAAAGCGAUCAUCAAGAUAAUUUCCUUUACAAACCUUACUUCUUCGAAAAAGAAUUAGUAAAAGGGAAAGUCAUCAACUUUCCCUCUCUAAAGAACAAAAACGAAGCACCAUUUUGGCCUCGAAAUUUUGUGGAAUCUAUUCCCUUCUCAUCGAAAAAAAUCCCACAAAUUCUAAACUAUUUCUCAAUAAAUAACAACUCAAAAGACGCUAAAACAAUUGAGGAAACAGUCAAAGUAUGUGAAGAACCCGCGAUGAAAGGAGAGAAGAGAAAGUGUGCAACUUCUUUAGAGUCUAUGGUAGAUUUUGGGAUAUUCAUGCUUGGAACAAACGAUGUUAAGGUAGUUACAACAGAGGUUCAAGGGGAAAAUCAGAUGGUGCAAAAAUACACCAUUAAAGAAGUCGAACUCAUGGCUGAUGGACUUAAUAUGAUAUGCCACAAACUUAACUACGCGUAUGCAGUGCAUUUUUGUCAUGGUGGUGGAGGUACAAAGACGUAUAUGGUAUCGAUGAUCGGUGUUGAUGGAACUAAGGUUAAAGCAGUAUCAAUAUGUCAUAAAGAUACAUCUCUUUGGAAUCCAAAAGGAUUGCCUUUUGUAGUGCUUAAUGCUAAGCCUGGUGCUCCCUCUAUUUGUCAUUACCUUCAAGAUGAUCAAAUUGUUUUUCUCCCUUUUGUUUCAUAAGUUCGAUAUAAAUAUCAAGUGCGGGUAAGUAUAUAUAAUCCUAAAGUGCCCUUAAAAGAGUACUUUGGUUAUAGCCUUUGAGUACCUCUGUCUUUUCCUGUAAAUGUAUGUUUUUCACAAUAAUAAAUGGAAAUCAUUAUUUUGGCAACAUGUUAA